GUAAGCACUUGGCCCUACUUGGCCCCACUGCAAAAGCUAUCGGUUCUUGCCUUUCCAGCUUGUGGCCGCUACUGCUAGUCAUGGAUGCGCUCUUUGUACCUCUCGCAUCCGCCAUCGGUUCAUCCGUGGACCAGAUAAAGCUCAUUUCAUGUCUACUAAUAGCAUGCCCCCUCGGCAGUCUCUUUAUUCGUAUACCAGCAUCUCAACCCAAUCUAAAGCAUCUCUUCAAUCUGCUCGUCUCGGUUUUCUUUUUCAUACCAGUUUUGAACCUGUCAUGGGGUUUUGGCCAGCUAUUGGGGAGUGUUCUUGGAACGUAUUACAUUGCAGCUAAUGUAAAAGGCCCUAACAUGCCGUGGAUUGUUUUCACCUUCGUCAUGGGCCAUCUCACAGUCAACCACAUCAUACGGGCAUUUUACAACCUAAGCUAUGAAACGUUUGAAGUGACAGGCCCGCAAAUGGUGCUGACUAUGAAACUUACAACUUUUGCAUGGAACGUCUGGGAUGGUAGAACGGCUCCUGAAAAUCUAGACAAAUGGCAAUUACAAAAGCGUAUCACAAAUUAUCCCACACUGCUCGAGUUUCUUGGUUAUUCCUUUUAUUUCCCGGGUGUUCUAGUCGGGCCAUAUCUUGACUAUGCGUCAUACAUGUCCUUGAUCGAUGAAUCACUCUUCGAAGGCAAGCGCAGUCCCACUUCAACAAGGUCCAUUCCAGACGGCAGAAAGCGAGUUGCAUACCGCAAAAUGCUGACUGGUUUAGUCUUCUUGGGAAUCUUCGUGGUUUUGAGUCCCUCGUUCUACUACGGCAUCGUGAUCACUCCGUGGUUCAUGACCCAAGGAUUCAUCUAUAGGAUGGCAUAUUUCCAAUUUUCUGGAUUCAUUGAGCGGUCUAAGUACUAUGCGAUUUGGACGCUCACAGAGGUGCGGUUCAUGUCCUGUCGUAGACGCAAUGCUAACAUAGGCGACCAGGGCGCGAGUAUCCUGACUGGAUUAGGGUUCACUGGAUAUGGCCCGUCAGGCGAAUCCACAUGGGAAGGUGCCGCCAACGUCAAAGUCCUCGAGAUCGAGCUCCCUUCGAACUUUAAGGUCCUUCUUGAUUCAUGGAAUAUCAAUACGAACAUCUGGCUGAGGGAAUGUAUAUACAAACGUGUAACUCCCAAAGGGAAGAAGCCCGGGUUCAGCAGCAGCAUGUUAACUUUUGCCACGAGCGCCUUCUGGCAUGGCAUCGCAACAGGUUACUACCUGACUUUCUUCUUCGGUGGAUUCAUCACUACCGCAGGCCGCCUCUGCCGUGCCAACCUACGUCCUUUGAUUCUCCCCCCUCCAGGAGCACCCACGACAACCAUCAAACUCAUUUACGAUUGGACUGGAACUUUCGUCAGCAUCCUCAUUCUCAACUACGUGGCAGCACCGUUCAUGCUGCUCACCUUUACCGAUUCUAUCGAGGCUUGGCGUAGGCUCCAUUGGUAUGGCUUUUGGAUGAUUGGCUCAACACUUGCUUUCUUCUGGCUUGGCGGUUCCAAGUUCUUGAAAGCUCUACAGAAGAAGGAAGGAAAAGUCGCUGACAAGGUCGUAACGCCGGAAUCUCACGUUAUGCCACCACCUCUAGAUGAUGUGGCAGAGGAAUUGAAGGAAUUGCAGAAGAGGAUGAAGUAAUGGGCCAAGCUUGGGUACUUAUGGACGGAUACCGGCAAUUGAUACCUAUAUUCAAUCAAAUACCGUCUCGGACUUCUGGAUCAUAUUUCAGUCCUAAAUAUCGCAUUUCUGAAGCAGGGCCUUCCUAACAGAGACGUACGCUCGAACAUAGGCAAUGCAUAGGUGGGGCAUACAGAGC